UGUCAUGUAGGCGGGCUUUCUGUAUUAUGUAUCUAGAAAGAAGGCUGAAAGAAAGAAACAGUCGUUUUCCUCUUUCGUUUUCACUAGCUAGUUCUCUAGUUAAAGGAUCUCUAAUCGGUUGAUCCUUCUCUAAAAGCAGAGAAAAUAUCCAGACCAUUCCUCAAUGGGAAAAGACUAAUCAUGUUCAGCUUUGAGGGUGAUUUCAAAACAAGACCCAAGGUGUCCCUUGGGGGAGCAAGCAGAAAGGAGGAGAAAGCAUCACUUCUUCAUCGCACUCAAGAAGAGAGACGGAAACGUGAGGAUGAACGACGAAGACUGAAAAAUGCUAUCAUCAUCCAGUCCUAUAUCCGAGGAUACCAGGACCGGAAACAGCAGCACUCCAUCCAGAGGGGGCGGUUUGACCAUUGUGUGUGCCAGGCUCAGUCUGCUGGGGUCCCUUCGCUGGCGGACCCCUCCGCUCUCAGCUUCCUGGUGCGGCAGCUGCUGUUCUUCUACAGGCAGCGUGAGGACACACACAGACUGAUAUGGAUGUGCCAGAACCUGGUGAAGCACCACGCCCAGUUUGUGAGCCUCUUGGCAGGGCCAGAGAGGCAAACGUGUGUCUUUCAGAUCAAGAGGUUGCUGGGACACUGCUGCAGACUGUUGAAGCUGUGCAGGGAUGACAGUUUGAAUGUGGCAGUGCCCAUGAGGAUGCUGGAGGUCUUCUCUUCAGAAAGAACCUAUGUGUCUGUUCUGCAGGACGCUAACUGCGUAACAGCACUUAUUGAGCAAAUUUUGCACUAUAUGGUUCAAAAAGGAUACUACAGGUCUCUUUAUAUUUUGGUGAAUCACAAGUUGCCGUCGAGUUUGGAGUACAGCGAUGCCCCCUCAAUCCCCGUGGCUAGUACUUUGCUGGAGCACACUCUCAAGCCUCUGCACUUUAACUAUACCUCCUGUUCAGCAGAUGCCAGGCAGUACGUGUUCUCAGCCUUCACGGAGGAGUUCAUUUCGGUUCCGUUCACCGAGCAGGUGUUCCACUUCUUCAUCCCCGCACUGUCAGACCCACGGUUGGCCUUCCCGUUCCAACCCUUCCUGGCUUCCCUCCGGGCUACUGUAGUUUCCUCCGCCACCAUGCAAGCACAGGCCCCCUGGCUCCUAUACUUUGUGCUCUCUGUUGGAGAGACUAACCUAGGAUCUCUGUCUGAGGAGGGUCUGCUUCUGUACCUGAGUGCCCUGCAGACUCUGCUGCCACUGUUGCCAGUGUCUGAGAGCACCAGCAGAACCGAGGUCAGCAGCGACUCGGAGGACGAGGAGGCGACAAACAAGCACGCCCUCUCCUCACAGGAUGACUUUAGGAUCUCAGUCCAGCUGAUCACAGCGGAGUGCAUUCAGAAGCUGGACACCAAGGAGCAGACCAACGCGCUCCUGACGCUGGUGUGGAGGGACUCUGCCAGCGAGGAGGUCUUCACCAUGAUGGCCUCCAUCUGCCACACGCUCAUGGUGCAGCAUCGCAUGAUGGUGCCCAAAGUCAGGCUACUGUACAGUUUGGCCUUCAACGCCCGCUUCCUCAGACAUCUCUGGCACUUGAUCUGCUCCAUGACAACAAAGAUGAUCACAGGCUCCAUGGUUCCUCUGUUGCAGGUGUUGUCUCGAGGUUCUCCCAUGUCCCUGGAGGACUCCAACCGUAUCAUUCCCCUCUUCUAUCUCUUCAGCUCGCUCUUCAGUCACGCCCUCAUCUCUGUGCACGACUCCGAAUUCUUUGGCUCCUCCAUUGAAGGUGCCUGGAGUUUUCAUCUGGUCACCGGUACAAUAUGCUGUAACAACGAGCCCCAGUCGUCCUCCAUGAUGCCCUUCUCCCUGAUAGAGCUGGUUUCCCUGUCGCGCUGCAUGCGGGAUGCCGGCCUGGGCAUCAUCAAGCUGGCCUACCCCGAGACCAAAAGCGAGCACCGCGAGGAGUACCUGGCGGCCUUCCGCAGCGUGGGGGUCACCACCAACGCCGCUGUGCAGCAGCGCAUCCAGGCCCAGCAGAAGCGCUGGGUGCAGCUCUUCAAGGUUAUCACAAACUUGGUGAAGAUGGUGAAGGCGCGCGACAUCAGGCGGCCUUUCUGUCCCCGGGGCCACUGGCUCUCUCAGGAGGUCAACAUCAGUGCUGAUAAGGUCACUCAGCUCUAUGUCCCGUCAGCACGCCACAUGUGGAGGAUCAGGAGGAUGGGCCGCAUCGGACCUCUGCAGUCCACGCUCGAUGUGGGGAUGGAGCCCCCUCAGCUCUCUGUGUCUGAGGAGCGGCACCUGGCCAUCCUCACAGAGCUUCCGUUCGUGGUUCCCUUUGAGGAGAGAGUCAAGAUCUUCCAGCGUCUCAUCUACGCAGACAAGCGGGACGUGCAGGGGGACGGGCCCUUCCUGGAUGGCAUCAGCGUCACUAUCCGCAGGAACUACAUCUAUGAGGACGCCUACGACAAGCUGUCCCCAGAGAAUGAGCCUGACCUGAAGAAGCGAAUCCGGGUGCACUUACUCAACGCUCAUGGUCUGGACGAGGCCGGGAUUGACGGCGGGGGCAUCUUCCGGGAGUUCCUGAACGAGCUGCUGAAGACGGGCUUCAACCCCAACCAGGGCUUCUUCAAGACCACCAACGAGGGUCUUCUCUACCCCAGCCCCAGCGCUGAUAUGUUGGUGGGGGACUCCUUUACCCGCCACUACUACUUCCUGGGCAGGAUCCUGGGGAAGGCCCUGUAUGAGAACAUGCUGGUGGAGUUGCCGUUUGCCAGUUUCUUCCUGUCCAAACUGCUGGGCACGAGUGCGGAUGUGGAUAUUCAUCACUUGGCCUCUCUGGACCCGGAGAUGUACCGGAACCUUCUGUUCCUGAAGAGCUACGACGAAGAUGUGGAGGACCUGGGACUUAACUUCACCAUCGUCAACAACGACCUUGGGGAGGCUCAGGUGGUUGAGCUGAAGCCGGGCGGCAAGGACGUCCCAGUGACCACGGCAAACCGGAUAGCCUACAUCCAUUUAGUGGCAGAUUACCGCCUGAACAAACAGAUCCGGCCGCAUUGCCUGGCCUUUCGGCAGGGCCUGGCCAAUGUGGUCAACCUGGAGUGGCUACGCAUGUUUGACCAGCAGGAAAUACAGGUGCUGAUCUCUGGUGCUCAUGUACCAAUUUGCCUUGAUGACCUAAAGAAGUUCACUAACUAUUCAGGUGGUUACGCAGCCACCCACCCAGUCAUUACGAUCUUCUGGGAGGUUGUGGAGAGUUUCACAGAUGACGAGAAGAGGAAACUGCUGAAGUUUGUCACCAGCUGUUCACGCCCACCGCUGCUUGGCUUCAAGGAGCUGUACCCAGCCUUUUGUAUCCACAAUGGCGGCACUGAUCUGGAGAGACUACCGACUGCCAGCACCUGCAUGAACCUGCUGAAGCUCCCAGAGUUCUGUGACCAGCACCUGAUGAGGAACAAGCUUCUCUACGCCAUCGAGUCCUCUGCAGGCUUCGAGCUCAGCUGAGGAAGGACCUUGGGGGUGUUGCCAUGGCAACCCUACAGACCUGGACGGGGAGUGAAGUUGGUGUUGGGUUUUGGUGGUGGUUGUUGUGGUUGUGGUGGUCAGCAAACACCACUGUCACAACAAUCACUGGAGCAGAAACGUAAUCGGACAGGCUGUGCUUGUCUGAAAGACUGCAGUUAUUGGCUGAGGACAUGAAAAACUCACCAGUCAGAGCACAGAUAUCUUUGGGUGUUUUUUGGAAGUUGUGACUGUUGAAGCACUCUAAAAGGCACUAGGCGGACAUGACAUAAUGGGGGAAAGGACAUUUAGACAUUUUAUUUUAAGAUGAUGUAACGUGUAUUUUAAAGAAAACCUAUGUAUAGAAAAAAUGGAAUGGCUACUAUAGAUUUUAGUUGCUUUUGUGCAAAACCUACAUCCUACAGCCAAGAUUACACUUCUGGGAGUUUGCACGCUAAAAAUAAAAUGUAAAACCUUAUACCUGUCCAAUGGCAAAUUCACCAAAGAUUUAGCUGAUCUACCACAACCAGAUGCUUUUCUGCCUUGUUAACAGAAAUCCUCAAGUUUGUGAUGCUAAAACAAGAACUGAAGCAAACACAAGCAGACAUACGUAGAUAUCUAAGACAUGCUAACACAUCGGCCUCAGUGAUAUUUGUGAAGGCAGUAAUGACCCUCACAGACCACCGAAGGAAAAGCCUUGAACACUUAGCUGUUUUAGUGCUGGUCUGCACUGAAUGGCUGAAGAUCAAACAGGAUAGCACAGGGGGCUAAACAUGUUAGCGAUGCUAACGGAAGAGGCUGGUCAAGAUUUACCGCUCACUCAAACAGGCGGUUGGAGCACGUUCAAGCAUUAAAUGGUCGGAGGUCAUGGAGCAGUAGGCCUUUGGGGACGGUUUCAGAUGCUGAUUCUGCAGAGAGCAGGCACCGUGCCGCUCACCCACAUGCCCUACUCUACCAGGGGCUACUUAAAGCUCCUCCUAAAGUCUGCAUGACUGAAGAAUUAACCAACAAUAGCAGAUAUUUUGUGAUUUCCAUAUUGGUAAUUAAUAUGACAAUUAUUAAUUGCCAUCAUGAUGUUUUCUGUCUUUCUAAGCAUUCUUUACCAUGUCAAGCAAGGUUUAAGACUGAGGAUCUUGCCCAACAUAAGCACGUUUUGUGGUGGCAGUGUGGCCAAUGGUAUUUGCCCAUAUGUACAUGUUAACACGUUUUCUGCGUGCUACUACUUUGCACAGUGUGUUUGUACAGAUUGUAUUUCCCCUUGGCCAUGAUCCCCUUGUGUUUUGGGAUGAAGGCUGAAUCCUGAAGUCAGCUGCUUAAUCUUAAAAGUGAACACAGUCCAUGUGCCCUGAAAUAGUUUGUCUUGAAGUAACAGUCCCUUCCGUACAGAGUGUGGAUAUCUGUGUACCCAUACCAUGGGAGGAAGAGUGUAAAUGGAUAUGAUUAAAAGUUGUUUUUAGUUUUUUUUUUUUUGCAA